AAAGGCAAAAGAGGGAAUCAGAAAAGAGAUUAGUGUCACAAAUCGAAGAACUUGAGAAUAAGUUAAAAGAAAGGGAUCGUAGAGAAGCGGAAUGGUAUCGGAGCAGGAAUGAAGCGAAUGCUAUUAUCGAGGACCUAAGAUCAAAAAUCAAUGAUUUGAGUCAUGAAAAAGAUUUUAUUGAAAAUAAAUUGCUAAAUCUCCAACAGGACUUUGACCGUUCACAACAAGAAGUCAAAACCCAUAGCAGAAUGAAAAAAAGUACUGACAACUUGAUAGCAAUGUUUCAGCAAAAAACCGAAGAGACUAUUCGAGAUAUGAAUUUAAAGUUAAAUGAAAAAACAAAAGAAUGUGAUGAGUCGGCGAUACUCAUUGAAGUUCUCAAGGAACAGCUUAACGACAUCAAUAAAGAACUAUCAGACUUACGCGUACAAUUUUCGGACAUUGAAUUGGAAUAUAAUGAAUCCAAAGAACAUUGUGAAGAUCUAAAAAGUUUGUUAGGCGACAAAAAAGAUAUUAUUUCCAGGUUGGAGCAACAACUGGAUCGUAUUAAGGCUGAUGGUGAAGAACACGAAUCGAAUUACGAGAAGGAUACACAGGAUUUGAAAAAGCGAUUAACUCUCGAUAGGGAGCAGGCAUUGGCGUCUCUUCGUACUAAGUUAGAAACCUUGCAUCAGAAAGAAUUGCAAGAUCUCAAAGUGCAACACGAACAAGAAUUAGCUUCACUUCGUACUAAAUUGGAAGCUUCUCAUCAGAAGGAAUUGCAGGAUUUCAAGGAGCGUCAUGAGACAGAUCGUGGACAGUCAUUGAUUUCACUUCGCGCCGAAAUCGAAUUGCCUUAUAAGGAAGAAAUGAAAGUUCAAAAAGAACGUUAUGAGAAAGACCUCAUACGCGAAUUGACCUUGCUUCGGGGUGAAUUAGAGUCGAAACAUCAGAAAGAGUUAAAAUCCAUUCGGGAAUUGCAAGAUAAAGAUCGAGAACAAGCAAUAAAUUUAGUUCGCGCUCAGUUUGAAGAUUCACACAAAAAGAAAUUACAGGAUCUCAUGGAGAAGCAUAACAGCGAUCAAGAGCGAACAAUUACUUCUCUUCGUGCUCAAUUAAAAACUUCUCAUCAGAAGGAAUUACAAGAUAUUAAGGAGCGAAAUGACGCAGAGCGUGACCAAUUAAUGAUUUCGUUUCGCAAAGAAUUAGAAGCCUCUCAUGAAAUAAAAUUGCAAGAACAUGCUGAUAGACUGAGACGUGAAUACGAAACAAAGAUUUCAAACUUGAAUUCUCGGUAUGAAGAUCUUUCGCUUAGAAGUGCAAGAAAUUCCGAAAGCUCGAAGGAACUCGAAGAGGCUGAGUCUAAAUACACGAAGUUGAAUUCAGAGUAUCUUCAAUUGCUUGAUAUCAAUAAACAAUUAUCUGAUAAGACGGAUGAUCUCAAUGUGAAAGUAAAGGAACUCGAAUUGAAAAACAGUGAGAUCCAAGAGAGUGCUAUUGCAAUUACGUCCGAAAAAGAACGAGCCAAAGAUGAGUUACUAAAGGUUAACGAAGAAUUAAAGCAGCUUAAAGAAAAAACCUUGGUGGCCGAUUCUGAUCUUAAAGAAUUAGAGGCGGAACGUGAUAAACUCGCUGGAUUAAUUUCGGUCAUGAAGGAAGUGUGGGAAGUCAAGUACCAGGAGCUUCAAAAUAAGUAUGUGGAAUUAGAAGCACAGAAAGAGCAAUUGAGCGUCGAGCUCUCUCCUAAUGUUAAAUCGGAAAUGGACGAUAAGUUAAAGGAGUAUGAGGCUGCUAUUAACAACGCUUCGGAACUUGAGAAGCAACGAGAGACAUUAUCAAAGCUCUUAGAAGAGCAUCAGAAUGGAAUGCGCACUUGUAUGGCUGAACUAGCUGCAGAACGAGAAGCAUGGCGUCAAAGGGAAGAAGAUCUCAUUUCGGUUUACGAGGGCGAAUUUAAGGAAAAAAAUUCCGAACUUCAAGAUAAUAUUGAGAGCUUGGAGGCUCAUAUAAAUGUCUUGAAAGAACAAUCACAUUCUAUAGAACUUGAUAUGCAAAAUAGACUCGAUAAAUCCAAUGCUGAGAUUGAAGAGUUGCGAAAGAAGUUGCAAGAAAAAGGAUGGGAUCAACCAAAUCUUACUAAUUUGUCGGGCGAAUCAGCAACCUCUGCAUCUACAAUCGAAUUUCUCACGAGAAAAGUUGAGGAAUAUGAAGUAGGUAGAGAAAAUCUUGAAGCUCAAAUCGAAUCCCUCAAUAAUAAAUUUUCCGAUAUGGUUCAAGAACGGGAUUCUAUUAUGAAAUCUUUUGAGGAGUCCACCAUUCGAAUGGAAAAAACCGUCCAAGGCCAUCGACAACGAAUAGAAGAUAUGAAAAAAACACACGAAGAAGAGAAGGAGGAAAUUCUAUAUCUCCAUCAAACCUCUAUUAAAUCUCUUAAGGAAAAGCACGAAGAAGAAUUUACACAGCAUUCUGUGGAAAUGCAAUCUCAGAUAGAAUCUCUCGAAAGGCGGGUUCGUGAGUUGAUGUCAAUUCCUACCAACAACGCAGCUGAACCGGAUGCGAAAGUUAUUUUGAUGAAACAAAAUAUAGAAAAUUUGGGGAAACAGUUGAAGUCGUCAAGGGAAGAAUGUGAAAUGUUGAUUGAAAAAGUGCUCAAUUUCCAAAAUAAGUUUUCAGAUGCAACAUAUGAAAAAGAAGUUUUGAUCAAAGAAAAGAGUGAAUUAAGGCAAAAGCUGAAAUCGAUGGAAGCGGAAAACAUUGGAUUACACGAGAAAAUAAAAGCUUUGGAGGCGGAGUCGGAAGAGAAGUAA